AACACCCAUGAUUCUGAUUAUUCAUAAUUGCCCCCUCCCCUGUCCCUGACAUCACUCAACACACCACCACUUCCCCACUACUUUCUAUAUAAUCCCCCCUCUCCUCUCUAACUUCUCUCCAAACAAACCACCCCAAACCUCUCUCUCACUCUCAUGACCAUGGAAAACCAAGAUUUGGGGCUCACCCUAAGUUUGAGCUUCCCUCAACAACAACUCAAUCUCAUCCCUUCUCCCUACAAAACCCCUUCUUGGAACAACCAACCCUUCAAUUCUUCAGAUAAUCGAGAUUCGGAGACAUGCAGGGGCAGUGCUGAAGGUGGAUCGUUCCUCCUCCGGGGGAUCGACGUGAACAGCUUGCCGUCCGGCGUGGACUGCGAAGACGACGCCGGAGUGUCGUCGCCGAACAGCACAGUUUCGAGUGUGAGCGGCAAGAGGAGCAGCGAGAGAGAACAAAAUAAUGGCGAAGAUCACGACACGGAGAGAGCUUCUUCCAGAGGCAUCUCCGACGAAGAAGACGGUGAAACCUCCCGCAAGAAGCUCAGGCUCUCUAAGGACCAAUCCGCUGUCCUGGAAGAGAGUUUCAAAGAACACAACACUCUCAACCCCAAGCAAAAGUUAGCACUAGCAAAGCAGCUUGGCCUUCGCGCAAGACAAGUUGAAGUCUGGUUCCAAAACAGAAGGGCAAGGACGAAGCUGAAGCAAACAGAGGUUGACUGUGAGUUUCUAAAGAGAUGCUGUGAGAAUCUAACGGAGGAGAAUAGGAGACUACAGAAGGAGGUUCAAGAACUGAGAGCACUCAAGCUUUCCCCUCAGUUCUACAUGCAGAUGAGUCCGCCAACUACCCUCACCAUGUGCCCUUCGUGUGAGCGCGUCGCUGUUCCUCCCUCAGCCGUCGAUCCCGCCACGCGUCAUCAUCAGAUGCCACAACCCCAUCACCACACUCGGCCCAUUCCAAUUGGGCCCUGGGCCGCUGCUCCUCCUGUCUUCCGUCCCAGGUCGUGACGUGCACGCCUAAGACGAAACAAACGACAUCGUUUGGGACAAAAGAAACGCACCCCCAAAUUGAAAAUAUUAAUAGGGUGUAAUAGCGUACCCAUGAAUUCUGCGAUCAAAGUAUGGUCUAAGAUAUGGUGGUUAGGGAAAUGAUUUGGUGGGUCUACAAUGUUUUGUAUUAAUUUGACCCAUCAUCUUUCUUUUCGUUUAGGGGGCAUGACCUAUUCUAGCUAGUACUAGUUAGGGUGUUUUUUGUUUCCACUCUUCAAAAAAAAAAUAUAUACUUACUUUUCGCCCCCCUUCAAGCUCUCAUCAUUAAUAUGAGACUUUGUGUAAAGUGAAAUCGUCUAAUUAAUUAAUUAAUUAGUUAUAUUUUGUAA